AUGGCGAGGCUCUCCAAUCCUUUCGCUUUCACUCGUUGGCCUGUCACCAUCAUCACGUCGACUAUUUACCUCAUUAUUAUUGUUGCUCUCCUCAUCGUCCAUACGACUGUCCCGUCCCCUCCCUCCUCGCCCACUCCCAUCCAUGGCGUUAAUCUGACAGAAGCGUGGCUGGACCUGCAGCUUCUCACUGCGUCUUACCAUCCUUACAACAGCCGUCGCAACGACCAAGUCCACGAGUGGCUCCUCAAACGGAUCAAGUCCAUUGCAAAAGAAAACAAUGCUGCUCCAUACAUUUUCGAAGACAAUACCUCCAAUCUCACCUUUUCUUCCGCUGGAAUUCUGUCUGGCCCGGGCGUGUCGGUCUACUUCGAGGGCACCAACCUCAUCGUCUACAUACCAGGAAAGGAAGAUGACAAAACAACAUGGUGGCUCGAUCCGGAGGGCAAACCAUCCAAACGCAAUGCAGUCUUGGUGAAUGCGCACUAUGACAGUGUCUCUACGGGUUUCGGCGCUACAGACGACGGCGUCGGAGUCGUCUGCGUGUUGCAACUACUCAAAUACUUCACGACACCCGCAAACACACCGAAAAAUGGAGUGGUGCUCAUCCUGAACAACGGCGAGGAGGACUUUUUAAAUGGAGCAAAUGUCUUUAGCCAGCAUCCCAUGUCCAUGAUUGUGAGCUCAUUCCUCAAUCUAGAGGGAGCGGGUGCAGGGGGCCGGGCUGCACUUUUUCGAAGCACCGACGAAGCCGUCACGAAAGCCUACGCCCAGUCCAAGUACCCAUUUGGUUCGUCCACCUCGGCCGAUGGUUUCAAUCGAGGGUUGGUCAGGAGUCAAACAGACUACGUCGUGUUCAAUGGUAAGCUAGGUUACCGUGGAUUGGACGUUGCCUUCAUUGGACCGAGGGCAAGAUAUCAUACCGACCAAGAUGAUUCGCGCCACACAGGGAAAGGGUCUCUCUGGCACAUGCUAUCCGCGGCCGUGGCGACGACGGAAGCUCUGACAUCGACGUCGCUGACGACCAACCUAGACCCAGGGCACAACCCAGGAGGUCCGUCACUCUGGUUCGAUGUAUUCGGGCGAACGUUUGCUAUCCUGAAAGCCCACACUUUCUUUGCUCUAUCGGUGACUCUGCUUGUUGUUGGACCGGUGAUACUCCUCCUCACUAUUGCUCUAUUGUAUCGAGUCGACAAAUUUUACCUUUUCUCCGCAUCACGACCUCUUCAUCAAUCGAGUGGAGACGAGAGGAUCAAGCUCUACGGAUGGCGUGGCCUUUUCCGUUUCCCGCUCAUCUCGCUUGUAGCCUGUGCGGUCCCAAUUGCCCUGGCAUACCUGAUUUUCAAGGAAAAUCAAUACAUCGCCCACAGCAGUGAGUGGGCAGUGUGGGCCAUGAUGAUUUCCUCCUUUGUCUUUGUCGCGUGGUUCUUCUCCCGAGCUGCGGACUACACACGGCCCUCUUCUCUCACUCGCGUAUAUGGGUUCUCAUGGAUGUGGGGAGCGUGGUGGGUGCUCCUUGUCGUUGCAACGGUGUUUGAAGAACAGCUCCACCUCGUCGGUAUAUACUUUGUCCUCAUAUAUGCCGCUCUCGUUUGGCUGGCUACAUGGUUGUCCUACCUGGAGCUAUUCUCCCUGCCCAAGAAAUCGGUGUAUUGCCAGCGUUUCGAUUGCGAAGACGAGCCGUCCCAGCGCCAUACCGGUUCAGGUAGCGGGCAGGAAGAGGCUGCAGAAUAUUCGACCCCCAAUGAUGACGGUGAACCCACGGAGAGGUCGAGUCUUUUGAGAAGGGGAUACCGACAAGGGAGAGAAGAACCGAAUCCAAGCAUUGCGGCCGUCGAGGAUCAAACUGACGCGAUCGAAGAGCCCGAUUGGAGCAAAUCCCAAUGGUCUUGGCUAUGGCUGUUGCAGCUCCUCGUCCUUGUUCCCAUCAACCUCGUUGUCGUCGGUCAGAUUGGCCUCUUACUAACCGAAGGGCUUCACCAGACAGGACAGGACGGAAGUUCCAUGUUUCUGUUGUACAUUAUGGUGGCUGCCUGCACAAUAAUCCUCUUCUCCCCAAUCACGCCUAUUCUGCACCGCUUCACCUGGCACAUACCUGUGUUCCUUCUCCUCGUCUUUGUCGGCACCAUGAUCUACAACCUUACCGCAUUUCCUUUCUCCACGGACAAUAGAUUGAAGCUUUUUUUUCAACAACAAGUGGACCUAGAAGCAGGGAACAACACGGUGUUUCUGACCGGAGUUUCGCCGUACACUCGCCAGGCUGUCAACUACAUACCCAGUUCCGCCGGAGAGCAUAUCACCUGUGUACCCACGGGCGCUUUGAUUUAUGGCAACAUGCAGACCUGUUCGUGGCCGGGCAUCCCCCCCAUUGUGGUCAAAAACUCUACUGCUAUCUCCCCCAAGGAACAGUACGCCAGCUGGCUCAGCUUCAACGUCACGCGCCUGAACAACAGUGAUGGCAAGAACCAAGCUCGCUUCGUGGUCUUCGGGAGAAACACUCGUGCUUGUAAGCUCGUCUUUGAGACGGCACCGAUCACAGACUUCCACGUAACUGGGCAGGCGUCGAGGGACGCACGGUUCCCCCCUGUGCCUGAAGGUGGUAGUCAAGAGAUCAGGCUGUGGAGCCGCACAUGGGGGAGGGCUUGGACUGUGGACGUCAGCUGGGACAACCCGAUUGCUACUCCUGACGAGUCAAGGGACUCUAUCAAUCUGUACCAUUCCAAGAUCUCGGGGGACAACAGCACAAUAUCCGGUCGAGUGGUAUGUCUAUGGAGUGACGCAAACAGGAACGGGGUCAUACCAGCUUUCGACGAGGCGAUGCAUUAUGUUCCAGCAUGGGCGGCAAUCACGAAAAGAGCAGAUGGGCUGGUGGAAGGGUACAAACGCUUCCACAUUUGA